AUAGUAUCUUAUGCUGCAUCAUGAUUAACAUACACAUGAUUAUUAUUGAUAAAGACGCCAUGAUUAAAUCAAUUUGAGUCAGAUGAACGGCAAAGCAACCCCCCAAAUUGUAACUUCGAAGGCCAUGUAUCCAUGUCAAAAAAUAGUAAGCAAUAGAAAAAUCAAGAAAUGGACCCACAAAAAGAGCAUCCAAUGAAGGACGUACACAUCACUACGGCGCCAAUCAGUAUGGCCAUCAAUCCCCAUGCUCCCUAAUUAUUAAAAAAAAAGUUCCCCGACAACCGAGCCCAUUUUGUUACAUCCGCUUCUUCCGCAGGUACUUAACGGUGUCGUUUUAAGAGCUUUCGCAUUUUAGGACAAAACUUGUCCGAGGGUUAAGAUUUGACCAGAGUCAGGGAUUAAAUGAAGCAAAUCCAUUGGUUUCCCAAAAAGCGUCGGGGGAGCUUCACCGCUGGUUAGAAAAACAAAAAACAGAGCGAGAGCGAGUGAGGGAGCGCUUUCGAAGAGAGAAACAAUCGCUUGAUUUAUAAGCCAUCAAAGCCCGAGGCUUAUAUUUCUCUAAUUAAGAAGAAGAAGGAAGAAACAAGAAAGAGAAAAGCUGUUAUUGUUCUGAAAAAAAAAAAAAAAGACUUUUCUUUCUUUGUUUGAAGAUAACAGAGAAAGAGCCACAGCCAUGGCUGAGUCAAACGAUUCCAUUCCUCUUGAUACAGAAAAGAUUUAUCUUGGUGGAAAGGAACAUCAUGUACGAACGUGCUGUGGUUCUGUGUCUGUUAUAGUUUAUGGGGACCAAGACAAGCCAGCACUAAUUACAUAUCCUGAUUUGGCUUUGAAUCAUGUGUCUUGUUUCCAAGGAUUGUUCUUUUGUCCAGAAGCGACCUCCUUACUGCUCCACAACUUCUGCAUUUACCAUAUUAGUCCUCCUGGGCAUGAGUUAGGAGCUGCUCCAAUUUGUGCAAGUGCUUCUGCACAUUGUGUUGAUGACUUAGCUGAUCAGAUCCUUGAGAUUCUCAACUUUUUUGGGCUUGGUGCAGUGAUGUGCAUGGGAGUGACGGCGGGUGCUUACAUUCUUACUCUAUUUGCUAUGAAAUACAGAGAACGUGUUCUUGGUUUGAUACUUAUAUCCCCCAUUUGCAGAGCACCCACUUGGACUGAAUGGUUUUAUAACAAGGUGAUGUCAAAUUUGUUAUAUUUUUAUGGAAUGUGUGGACUGCUUAAAGAGUUUUUGCUUCAACGUUACUUUAGCAAGGAAGUUCGUGGUAAUGCAGAAGUUCCUGAGUCGGAUAUAGUUCAAGCAUGCAGACAAUUGCUGGAUGAGAGGCAUGGAUCCAAUGUGAUGCAAUUUCUUCAAGCAAUUAAUAGGAGACCUGAUCUUACCAGUGGGCUGAAGAGGCUCAGAUGUCGAACCUUAAUAUUUGUUGGGGAUAACUCACCUUUUCAUUCUGAGGCCCUCCACAUGACAUCUAAGUUGGACAGAAGAUUUAGUGCCUUGGUUGAGGUCCAGGCUUGUGGAUCAAUGGUGACAGAAGAACAGCCACAUGCAAUGUUGAUACCUAUGGAAUACUUCUUCAUGGGAUAUGGGUUGUAUAGGCCAUGCCAGUUGAGUGACAGCCCGAGGAGCCCGUUAAGUCCAUCUUGCAUCUCACCGGAGCUUCUCUCUCCGGAAAGCAUGGGUUUGAAGCUAAAACCUAUAAAGACCCGUGUUUCUCUUGAAGUUUGAUAGGAGGGGUUGAGAAAGAUUGGAUUUAUUUUGUUAAUUUUUUUUAUAAAAUUUUUUGGUUCUUUUUGCCCUUCGGAAAAUGAAAAUAUAUAAGAAGGGUAGAAGCAGAUGGGUAGGAGGGGGGCUGUAGAUACAAAGGAAGAAAAUGAAGUAUAGGGAGGGUUUUAACAUGCCUUCAUUCUUUUGUAGUCAGUCAUAAAGGUGUCAUUUAACUGUGUAUGUAUAUUUUAAAAGGGAGUGGGAUUUAUCUAUGAUGAUGACGAAAAACCAAUAAUGGAGAUGAACUCCCCUUGAUUAUUGCCACUUGUUUCCUUUGUUUCAGGCUUUCUCUCUCCUGUCAAUUUUAUGGUCAUGAUUCUGUUAUGUAAAUGAAUAUCUAUAUCUAUAUGUAUAUAUAUAUUAUUUUGGGUUGGGGGAGAAGGGUUUGGUAGCGCUGUCAUAAGGGGAUUGAUGGGAUGAACCAAUUCCAUGAGUUGAAGGUGGCCAAUACCUUAUUAUGGAGUGUUGACUUCAAGCGAGUGACCUCAGCAUGGGAAUCUCCAGGUUCGUCAAAGUACAAAAUUGUGCUGAGGGGUUGGGUUUGAUUGAUGCAUGGAGGAGGAAGAUGGAAGCUAUAACUUCAACUUUUAAUCGGCUAUAUAGUCUCAUCUAUUUUCUCUGACUUGAACAAUUUUCAAUUAUUCAAACAACAAAAAUAGAUGCGGCGUGCAGGAGCCAACUUUGAAUGGUUUGAGUAUUCAAUUGUAUUACUACAAGUCCACAACAAAAACUUUUGUUUGGAUGCAGAGUUUGGGAUAAAAUUCAUAAAAUCAUAAUAUUUUUAACAAACGAGGAAAAACUGUAUUUUAUUUUUAUUACCUCAUAAAUCUUUUGAUUGUCAAUUUCAGCUGCUUUAUUGAUCGUAGAAAAAACAAAAUGGCAAUAAAAAAGAACAAAACCAGGAGAACGGGCCAACACGACACGAGACUCAAUUAUUCAUUCCACGCUCACCACUGCCCAUUGGCCACCAGAGCAAACUUUUUCUGACAAGUUGGAAUCAAUGAGAAACC